UUGGCUUGGCAGGUGCUUUGGGUGAUGAUCGCGAACCUUGAACCUUAUCAAACUUCCGAAACUCUACCUAUUAAUGUACAUCAUUUCUUAGAUAAUUCCAUUCCUUCGUUCAUACACAAACAAAACCAGACGACACCUUCACCCAACAACGCUCGUGACGGGAGAUCUUCAGGCGUUUCUCGUGAAUAUGUAUUGGCUAAUUCCUAUGUUUCGGGGCUUUUGAACGAUCUAAUUGCCGUAGUUUCUGAUUGGAAGCUACUCAGAUCCUACUCCGGCCGGCUCGGAGCCAUUGGUCGACCUCAUUCCCCAGGUCUCCAGUCUCUCCAGUCUCCAAGGAAUGGCAUCGCCAGGCGCAACGGCCGCACCUGCACCUACGGCCUUCGAUAAUUCGAGCGUGUGGCAUAACCUUACCUCUUGGACGGUACAGCAUCUUAGGUAUUCCGUGAACAACGUCACAAGAUUCGCUCCUUCGAUCGAGGAUCUUAUUCUGGCCGGACCUAGGAUGCUUACCAAGCUUGGCAUCUUAUCCUUCCCAGAUGCUGUUGAUGGCUUCGGGCAACGAGUCAUAGCUGACCCAACCUCAUCCGACUACUUCAUCACCACCACCACGACUGCGGCCGAAAUGCUAACCAAAGUAUCCGAGGCCGCCGCCAAUGUAGUGGAUGUGUUGGAGAAUGAAGAUCAGGACCCCGCCGUCUUGGUCUCCAAGUUCUCGACCGAUGGUACCAAAGGCCUCGGCAGCGUCUUCAGCUAUGCCACUAGUAAAUGGGCACUGUGUUGCGUUGCUAUGGCUAUUAUUCUGAACCGGACGCACAUAUUUGCAGCCUCACGAAGAAGACUAUUCCUGACAUGGCCCGUACGGCUCUUUCUCCGAAUUACACCUAUUAUCCUCUUUGCAUACCAAGCUCGACAGCUUCUACAAUCCAUACAAUGCCAGACGUCGCCCGAUUUCGCCGAGUUGCGCUGGGGUAAUUCCAGCAAAACGUCCGAUCUCAUGUUCGCCCAACCUUCUACGUAUCUACAUGGACUUAGCACAGUUCUGCUCUUAGGCGCCACCGACUAUGACAGCUGUCGCGCUGUUGAAAUGGUUCCUCCGAGCACUCUCGACUAUUCAAACGAAUUACAGGGCUCUUUAUCCCUUCUGUGGCCGCUUUUCGGGACCUUGUGUUUAAGUCAUUUCUUAGAGACGAUUUCUUGUGCAGUACAGGGACGCCAUGCCGCUGUAGAAACUGGGAUGACUCUUUUCGAACAUUCUCUAGCAUUCGCCGAAGCCGACGCCGCUAUCAGUAACCAGCUUGGCUGGGGUUUAUUUUCAAGCGGUCCUUCCAACGUCACGUAUCAGGGCACUUCAGGGACCAGCAUCGCUAUUUCUAGAUCUAUGAUUAUGAGACGGGUCAACACUCCACCUGAAGUCCUACUGGUAGCUUUCCUCUCGGCUAUGAGCCAUAUAACUAGCCAUGUUUUGGGGGUCUUUAACCUUCAGAGUAAGUUUCGAUUGGUUAGUACAGGCUUUUGGGCGAUGUGUUUCAUGGGAAGCAUAGUGAUAGAAGCACUAGACUUUUCACUCGACAGCCCAUCCCACAUGGGCCUCUUCAAAUUUCCUACAGUAUGUAUCAUAGGUUUUAUACCUCACGUCAUGGUGUUUUGUGGUACACUCAUCUGCUUCAGCAUAUACGCUGUUGCUCUAUUCCUUUCGGCCCUACAGCCUCCGGAUCGGCUGAGUGCUGCAGGACGGCAAUUGUCGUUUCGAGAGCGGCUGAUACUUGCACAUGAAAAUAUGCAAGCCAACAUUUCGCUGUCUGACAUUCGCAUCUCUCGGGAAAUGGAUUUCUACACGGCGCUGCUUCGAACGGGCUUCGGAGUCAUAACGAUGGCAAGCGAAGCUGUCUAUCUGAACGAAGAUCAUGAUAUCAAUUUGAAAAAUCGUACGUGGCUUGAAGACGAAAGACUUAAAGAACUUGAGUCUUUACGUAUGCACUGGGCUGGCUCAGGAUUAGGUGUUUCGCGCUAUGAUUCCGUUGGGGCUAUAGGGAUGAUACCCAUUAAGGAGGGGCAGCUCGGGGCAUCAAGCGGAUAUGCACGAGAACGAGCAGCGCAGAAGAUACCUAAAACGCGCAUGGGAGAGAAGCGAGCAAGGGAUGGGGUUGGUGCGACGGAACGCAGUUCGCGUUGGCUUCUGGCCUUGGAGUUUAUGAUGAAAAUUAACAGGCUUAUACUGCGAUGGGCCGCGCUACUUUUCCUGAAAGCACUGUCGCGCAUUGGAGUAAGGGUCCAGCCCCCCUUUCUACUCUGGCUGUCCAGGGCACCGAAGCAAGACAAGAAAGACGAGAAGCAACCUGCAAACGAUCGACGUUCCUCGCUUCUCGGUCGAAAUGGGAGGAACAGCAGAUUCUAUAAUGAUGAGACUGCUGAUGUGGAAGCGGAGGUACGAAGACGUCUUAGAAGGCAUCCUGAGACAGCCAACAUUUCGGACUCGGAGAUUGACUCGAGACUGUACUCUUCUUGGAAAUUCGGUGAUCUGUGGGGCUCUGUUGAUACGAGCGGCGACUGGGAGCCGGAGGAAGGUGACGACGAAUGGGAUACGACGAGUAUGAUCCACAGCGUCAUCGGAGAUAGCAAUGACGAACAGGAUCCGUGGGUUGAUGAAAGCGAAUACGAAGACGGUGACGGUCAGAGGACGCCUACCCAAGCGUCUCGGCAGCUUUCGGCGUCGCGGGAGUCAACCCCCUUCGACCAACCUCUUGCUAUGGAUGAUCUCGCCAGACUCCUACGCCCUACGAGCCCAGAAGAGCGUCGUGAAGCCCACGCGCUCGCUGCUCACUUGACAUCCGACCGCAUCGUAACACGCUCGCAGUACGCACGCAUGCAACAGAACCAACGCGGACGCCUACUCCUUGACCUUCACGGCCCGCCUAGCAGGAAUAAGCUCUCGGACGAAGAAGAAGCCGAGCUCCUCGAAGACUUAAUCAUAACGCGGCGUACGGAGGCCGCCCGCGAGCGGGAUGCUAGUGGUAUCUACGACGAGGAUGACGACAGGGGCGGUCCCCAGUGCGUAGUGUGCCACUCGGCGCCUCGCAAGAUCAUCGUUUGGCCGUGCCGUUGUCUAAGUCUAUGCGACGAGUGCCGCGUCACGUUGGCUAUGAACAAUUUCGACAAGUGCGUCUGCUGUAGACGGGAGGUUGUGAGUUUUAGCCGGAUCUACGUGCCUUGAUGGUUUGAUGGAAGCAUGGAGCCAUACAGGGCAUGCGAUGGGGCUGCUCGAAUAGAGUCGAACCAUGCCAAUCACAUCCUCCCUUUCUUUGUACACAUUUUUACCCCGGUUCGGGCUUUGUUACUGGGAUUGGGGUACCCCUUUCCCCCCUACAUCCGUCUUCUAUUGGCAUUAAGCAGCAUCUCUCUUAUCUUUUCUUUUUCGAGGUCACAUACGCAUGAUGGAGGAACUCGACUACAUGGAGCCGGCGCUGGGGAGUAUUUGUUUGUCCUGUUUUU